CCAAUGCAGAACGGGGAGGCAAUGAGCCCGCAGGAGCAGGAUCCAAAGGCUUCUGUGCCCACGGAGGAGGACCACAACCAGAGUCAGGAGGGAGCGGUGCCCUCGGCUCCACCGCUACCCCCUUCAUCGCCACCUCCGCCUGGCCCACCGGAGUACCCGAGGCCCAGGCUGGUCUUCCACACCCAGCUGGCCCACGGGAGCCCCACAGGCCGCAUUCAUGGAUUUACCAAUGUGAAGGAGCUGUAUGCUAAGAUCGCUGAGGUGUUCAAUAUUUCCCCCUCUGAGAUCCUCUUCUGCACCCUGAACUCUCACAAAGUCGACAUGCAGAAGCUCCUGGGGGGGCAGAUAGGUCUGGAAGACUUCAUCUUCGCCCACAUCAGGGGGGACACCAAAGAGGUGGAGGUCACCAAGACCGAGGACGCCCUCGGCCUCACCAUCACAGACAACGGAGCUGGAUACGCUUUCAUUAAGAGAAUAAAGGAAGGUAGUACCAUUGACCAGCUGAAGACUGUAUGCGUGGGAGACCACAUUGAGGCCAUCAACGACCAGAGCAUCGUCGGAUGCCGACACUACGAAGUAGCUAAGAUGCUAAAAGAACAACCGAGGGGGGCUCCCUUCACACUCAGACUUGUAGGGCCUAAGAAAGCCUUCGACAUGAUUGGCAUGAGGACAAGAGCACCCAAGUCCAGCGAGGGUAAGAUGGGGAACGGGAAGGAGACCCUGCGGCUGCGGUCCAAGGGGGCCGCGACCGUACAGGAAGUGCCCAACGAGUUUGAAGAGAGAGCCACCAAGAAAGUGGAUGACUUACUGGAGAGCUACAUGGGCAUCCGAGAUGUUGAACUAGCGACCACAAUUGUGGAGGCAGGCAAAGAUAAGAAGAACCCAGAUGACUUUGCCGAGGCCCUGGAUUCGGUGCUGGGAGACUUUGCGUUCCCCGACGUGUUCCUGUUUGACGUGUGGGGUGCUAUCGGGGAUGUGAAGAACGGGAGAAUGUAGGAGGGAAGAGAUGGGGAGUCUGCUGCAAUCUCCCUCUCCGUCACAGCAAUUGUAUAUCACUUUGACCUGAACGAUCACAACCCCUCGUUUUAUGAUGAAAUUGCGGGUAUUUGCUUUGACACGCUGAACUGACCAAAUAUUACACAAAACGUGGCCGUCAUUGGGCAUGGUUCUGAUUGUUCGUGUCCACCAAUCAGGGCUGGGUGGGGAUACUGUAGGAUUUGGAAAAAUACAUCAGCAAUACAAAUACACAGGAAUCCAUCUCUGAAAACAGGAAGUGAGAUAAUGAAGCUGUUUAUUCCUGAUGUAGAAGGAUGGGACAAACAGAAAAGGAGAGAUACGUUUUGGUCUUAGAGAACACAUUCAGUCAGAGAUUUAUAUCUCACCAAUGUCCACAAACUAUAUCCAACGACCAAGGCUGUGAAACCAUGGAGACGCCAUACAUCAGGUGGUUGAGUAAUAGCACAUUUGAUUAAAUGGUACUGCAAGGGUGAAGUACAGUGUCACCACGUAAUGUCUUAAUCUACUGGAACAUUCUUAGCAGUGAUCCUGGGGGAGGUCUACAUUAUAUUUAGCCAGUUUUUGAUGUCACUAUUGUGAAAGGAAACAGUACUCGUCAUUUCCUCAUUUCUUAUAAAGUCCUUAUGGUGACUGCUGUGAGUUUUCCUUCAGGAAAUGCAUUCUGUACCUAAAGGCUACAGAAGAAUGGUACAAUAACCUAAUAACUCAAAUUUGUGUACAAUUUGUUUGAAACAUCUGAUUCUUAUGUCUUUAUCUCGCCUGAGCAAUGAAGGUCUUCAUACAUCUUCUGAUGUGAUCUCCCUCGAGUCAUGGUCUAAUGCUUUGGUUCAAAGUGUUUCUGAGCACAACAGUUCUACAAUAUCUAUAAUUUAGAGGCUUGUCUUAUUGAUAUAAUGUACAUAGGGGUGUCACAUACCCUUGGAAAUAAAGAAGACAUACUAGUUAUGAAUCAUUAAUGUAUAAACGUAUCGGUUUAAAAACUUUGUUGAGUGUUUCUUUGUCCCAAUGGCCUCAUUUUUGUCACUGAAAAAUAUUACUGCAUGGUUAAUUUAGAGUACUUCAAUAGCUAAAUCAUAUUCUACUCUAUGGAGACCUGAGAAUAAGGCAUAUUUCAUGUGUAUCUUAAGUUCAAAUUGACAAUAAAACAUUUCUAAU